AUGAACAGCACCACGCAGCCCCCUCACACCAUCAGCGGAGACACGGCCCUCAGCUACGUGCUGCUGCCCGUCUUCCUCAUCACGGCCCUCGGGACUGCUGCAGCAGUGGUGAUGUACAUAAGGAGGAGACGGAGGAUUGACAGACUGCGGCAUCAGCUGCUUCCAGUUUACAUGUAUGACCCGACCGAAGAGCUGAACGAGGCGGAGCAGGACAUUCUCUGGAAAGAGGAAGACACAAAGGUGGUGCGGGGUUGGAUGAGGACGUAUCAGCAGCGCAGAUCCCUGCUCUCAAAGGAUCCUGAUGCAUGAAAAAGCCUGCUUGAACUUCUGCACAUAAUCUGUGGACCUGGUCAAUAACUAGUCACUCCAUAUACGGUCUCAUCGUCCUGCAUUGCAGAGUCACAAGAUGGACAAUUCUGAGCAAAAAGUGACUGAUUUUCUGAGUCUAGAGGACCUUUAGUGACAAGAGAAAUCUACAGGAGACUGAAGACUCGAGCGUUGGGAUCAUAUUAUUCCCUCUGGUCUGAAGCACAGCUUUACUCUCUGAAUAGCAAGACUCAAGCGGGAUGUUGAUUCGCCACAGUGUUAGUUUUUAUUUAUUUUAGCUGUAUGUUUUCUGCUGAGGUUCUGUGCUAGUAAAUCCUCGUGAGAGCUGUUCAUUUUAUCGAGUGUGCAUGAAUGUGAUGUGCUCAACCAAACUGGG